AUGGCAAUGACUCUAGGGAAUUGCGGAAUCCCCAAAUCUCUAAUUGAUAUAAUGGAUGAGGGACACUCUGUUUUUCUUGCCACAGCAACUAUUCUUCUACUUUUUGUCCCAAUUGUUGUGUCUGCAAGACAUGGUCAUGGUCAUCGUUCUUCACAGCCUAGUAUGAGACAGAACAAGGUGAUUGCACAAUCCAAUUUAUAUUGGGAAAGAAGACCAAUAUUGAAGAGAGUUAGAGGGGCUGAUACACUACAAACUGCAGGGUCAAGCUUACCAGAUUGUUCUCAUGCUUGUGGUUCAUGCUCACCUUGUCGACUUGUUAUGGUGAGCUUUGUUUGUGCAUCAAUUGCAGAGGCAGAGACAUGUCCCAUGGCUUACAAGUGCAUGUGUCAUUACAAGUCUUAUCCUGUUCCAUAACCUUAAUACUCUCAAACACAUAUUGUAAACAUAGUAGAUUAGUAAUUAAUCCAGUUUUUCCUCCCAAUUUUUCUCUCUUUUCAAUCCUAUGUUGUAAAAUAAGCAUGAUUUCUUUUAUUCCUUCCAAAACAAUAUUUUUGUACUCACACGAUGAACUUGGAAAUUUUACGAACAAACCAGACAGAUUCGAAUUUAAACUCAUUUUGAAUGUCUAAAUGACAAACUCUGUAUGUCUAAAUGAUGACUUUGUUUUUGUAACUACAUCACCAUUAUUAAACUUGUCUGUCAAAAAUUGACAUUGUUGAUUGUUCUUCUAAAUUCUUAUACAAACCCAAGUCCAAGUCAUUACACACAAAAAAAGGAUUGCCGAUUCAGCGCCCAAAGAGGGACGGGAACUACGGGAUAGGCAACUUCGUAGGGGAUUGACUGGUUUACAUUUUCAUUUAUGGACAGAAAAAGGGACAAAACCAAACCUCCCAACGACGACUCCUCAGCUUCCCCACUCCUAAAAACACUAAUUUUGCCAUGUAUGCAAAACCCAUCUGAAAACGAAGGAAAAAUGUCAUUCUUCUUCCUCCUCUUACUUCUUUCUGGUUCAAUUCUGGUCCAACUGUGUUGCACAAGAGAACUCCACCCAUAUCCCAAAAGCAUUACCACCACCGCCAAGACUGCUCCUUUCCCUCAAAUGCCUUGAAAGGUUGAUGAGGAUGAAAUUUAUUGGAGGCAAGAGAAGGGUGAUGAGGAGUUGGAAUGGUCACAUAAUUCCACUCCUGUAAUAUUGCAGUUGGCUCAAUGUUUUACUAAUGCUAUGGUUGGACCACGAUCUUUGAUUGGAGGGCUUUUUACCCGGUCAAGUAAUAAACGGUCCGAGAAGUUUUCUGACUAUCCUUUGAGUCCUCUUCAGG